CGACGCUCAUCGCAGCUCACAAGACGCUUCAUUCGACCGCCUUUGGCCCGCGCGAUCAUCGUUUCCCGCCCUGACCGGAGCCCAGCCGCUUGGAGAAGCUAUGCGACAGUCGGGGGCCGUGUCCAUGGCUCCAACCCCUCCCUAAUGGCCUCGCCGCUCUCCUGUGUUUGAAGCUCUCCAUCCAACCCUCUGUCUCCAAGCCGGCUUGACAGCUGCUCACCGGCAUCAGCGACCAUACCGUCGCGACUGGGCCAGGACGGCGCCAUCUCUUGACGGCCCAAUUGCCCGCCAUGGAUCGUCCGGAGCCAGGCCUCGUCAAGUGGUCGGCCAACUCGGCCGUGGACAGCUUCGUCCACAUCAACCUGCAGCACCGCGUCGUUCAGCUCUAUGAGCCGACUGGACAUGCGCACCGUCGGCGGUUCGACUACGCCAAGCUCAGCAGGCACGACGACUUCCCGCCCCUCACCACCUAUGACUGGUCGCCGGCCAACCCGGAGCUGCUCGCCGUCGGCACCAGCUCCGGCAUUGUCAAUCUUUUGCGCAUCGAUGACAGCUCCAACGCAUACGUCGAGAUUGGUCUUAAGAUGGCAAGAACCUGCCAUGCAGUCGCCUUCAACAACACGGGACUUUUGGCGGUCGGCCUCGACCGUGUGCGCAUGGACCAGAGCCUCCAAGUCUGGGACGUGAACCGCCUAUCUGCUUCCGAAAACCAAAGGAAGGGCUUCCCGUCCGAUGCGUCCAGCUUAGUGGAGCCGAGGACGCGCCUAGAGCCGAGCGUUUCUGUCUCAAGUCUCAAGUUCUUCGAGGACAGCCCGCAGACCCUGGUUGCGGGCAUCAAGGGACAGGGUGUGAGGAUACAUGAUCUACGAGACCCCACUAGCGUCGUGACCUUUCAAACCAAAUGCAAUAACAAUCUAGCAAUUGACUACGCGGACCAAAACUUCUUUGCGUCGUCUGCGCUUGAUCAUCCCGGCGUCAUGAUCUGGGAUCGUAGAGCCACUGCGCGGCCCGUGGCCUCUCAUACUUAUCUUCAGGCCGUCGAGGAAGACGAGCUACCGUGGGGAGGGGCUUUGCGACUCGACCAAGUCAUUGAGACCGACUCGGACCCCCUCAUGGCUGAGGGCAAGCACUCCCUCAUACGCUCGCUCCGGUACUGCCGCGACCGCCGCGGUCUUUUGGCAGCGCUUUCGCCAACCGGCCAGCUCAAGGUCUUGGAGACGAAUAAGGAAACGCCACCGUCUGGAAGCGCGCCGCAAGGUCCCGAGCUGCUACAGGUACAGCGCUCCUACGAGAUGGAUGUAUCGUAUAGGGAGAACUCCAGAAGAAGCGACCGUAUCGUCUCUUUUGACUGGAUGACCCUCGGCUCGCCAGCUUUGCGCCCUAGGCUAUUGGUACUGCGAGCCAACGGCAACUUUGACGUUCUGGAGCAGCCAUCGCGCACUUCGGAUCACGUCUUUAAUUUUAUUCCCUGGCAGGCGCCCUAUCGUGGCUUGGAAGAGGGCGCCCCUUAUAUGGAUACGAUGCAGUUCGAGCCAUCUCAGACGGUCGAGAUGUUGGGCACGUUUCUCGCCGAACAGACCCUUUCCGAAGUUCCCAUCUUCGGGCCCGACAGUGCCAACGUCGAGGAGAGACUUGUCGCCGCCCUGCGGAAUUCGUCCGUCAUCUCUACCAAAGCAGAGCAGUUGAACAAGAUCAACACACCGUUCCCUGAAGCAUUCAACCAAGCAACGACCAUGGCACAGAAGUUGCGAAUAUUGAGAGCCUACGUGCGACAGGAAUCCGAGUCGGCUCAACAUGCCGAGGAUGGAACACCGCAAAUUGGUGAUGCUCAUCACUUAGGAAACGGGCCUAACGACAUCUCGCUGGCAUCCAACAGUCUUGGGUCUUGCCGCGAGAUCCAUGAGGCGCUCCUGACGACCCUGGUGACCGCCAAAGGCCUACCGCGACAAGCUCUGUCCGUUGUCGACCACAUCAUGCCCCUCCGUGCCAAGGAGAAGUACCUGUUUGAUGCGGCUGAGAAUCGAAGCGUCAUCGGGGACGAUCCGUGGAAGCGCUUUGUCUGGGACUGGAUCGCCGAUGCCGAGGAUGCCGCUGACGAUGGAGGCAUGCUGCUGAGCAACAUGGACCUCAGCUUCCUGGGCGUGCAUGCCAUUUGGACAAACGACCUCGGCAAAACCCCUAGCACUCGUCUUGCGCCCGGCACUGCCGUUCCCGACGCGUCACAGUGGGAGCGGGCCAUCGGGCAGUUCUGCAAGAAGCGCCGCUUCCCAAAGUUUGACGGCGUGGCCACGAAGAAGCCGCACCACCGGCAGCUCUGUCUGGAGAUAUGCGGCUGGGGCGACCCUCAGAAGCACGACCCCAGCGGCGUCGAUAGAGAAGCCGACCCCGAGUACCCUACCGCCAUCCACACCAUGGUGGCCUCCCGGGCUCUCUUCCGCGGCGACACCAAGCAGGCCGUCCAGAUACUGAAAAAGGCCAGCUCCAGGCACCCCGAGCUGCUCUUUGUGUCUCUCGCGCUGCAGCUCACCGGCCGAGGCAGCCGGCAGUCGGCCAAGGAGCAGCUGGAGAUUGACGACGCCGUGGCCUCCAAGACGGACCCCUACCUCCGAGCCAUAUCGUCGCUCAUCGCCACCGGGGACUGGUCCACCAUCGCCAACCAGCGGUCCCUGCCCCUGGCGGACCGUGCCGUCGUGGCCGUCCGCAACUUUGACGACGACCAGCUGACCCGGUGGCUCCGGGACCAGGUGGCGCUGGCGGUCGAGGACGGCGACAUUGAGGGCAUCGCGCUGACGGGCAUCAACGACAACAUGGUGGACAUUCUCGCGCGCUACGUGCAAAAGUUCCACGACGUGCAGACGGCGACGCUCGUCGUGUCUACGUGCCACCCGCGCUACAUCGACGACAUCCGCUGCCGCGCCUGGCGCAACGCCUACCGCGCCCUCCUCCAGCGCCACCGCCUCUUCUUCCAGCGCACAAAGUUCGAGGUCGAGUCCACCAAGAGCUCCAAGCGCGACGGCGUGCCCACCAUCAAGCCCCCCUCGCGCCAGGUCGCCCUGCGGUGCGUCUUUUGCGACGCCGAGACGUCCCUCGCCAACCAGGGGCCCGCCGCCCACCACAUCAACAUGAUGAGCAGCAGCAGCAUCAGCAACAGCAACAAUAACAACAACACCAUCACCACCACCACCACCACCACCGUCAACGCCAACGCGACGGCCCCCGCGCCCUCGUCGGCAGCCCUUGAGACGCGCAACCCGCUCCUCGCCACCAGCAUCAACGCCGGCAUCAGCUGCCCCAACUGCGGCCGCCACCUGCCCCGCUGCGUCGUCUGCCUCGAGGUCGUCGGCAUCCCGCGCUCCGACAGCAACAACAACAACAUCAUCAUCAAGCCCGACGACAGGAACGACGACGAGGGCGCCCGCAUGGCCGGCCGCUUCCCCACCUUUUGCCUCCGCUGCGAGCACGUCCUGCACCUCGACCACGCCAGGCAGUGGUUCGCCCGCCACGUCGAGUGCCCCGUGCCCGAGUGCCGCUGCCGCUGCAACUUCAAGGCCAACCCCGAGCUGGCUUACCACUGAACGAAUAGAAUGGCAGGGAGGAUUGAUUAGCACGUUGCUUCUUCGUGGUGGUGACUCGAUCUGCAGGAAUGAGAAAGACAUUUGCGCGGCGGCCCGGCAGAACGACGUUCGUCAUGUUUGAUCGUUUGCUGCUCGAAAAACAAACAAGAGGGGCCACUUUCAGCGGGAUGCGGUACGCCGCAACAAAGGCGAGGCGCUCAUGUACUUGCAGGCUGCGUGUUUGUGUCCGCGGCGAACCUCCAGCACUUUGAACUGUUCGAUAUUGCUUGCAACGCUAUGAUGCUUCUCUGAGUUCUGUAGCAGCCCUUUCCGCUGUCCCCCUUUCCAUUCGCUCGGCCCCAGAAAACAAAAUGGUACGCCUGCUUGCGCUGCCGUCAUCAACUGUACCGGGCUGAC